AUGGAUAACCUCAAGAGCUUGAGGAAAGCAGUUGAAGAAAUAGAUAUAGCCUCCAUAGUCCCCACUGAAGUGGAAAUAAAAAACGAAGAAGCGGAAAAAAAAGUAGAGAAGUCGGAGGUAGAAGAAAAAAAGAGGGAGCUGUCGCAAAACAAAGAAAACAGCAAUAGUAAUAGCAGUUAUUCGCAAUUGUCUGGAAAAAAAAUGCGAAAAAUAGUAAAACCGCCGCCAGAGGCUCCGCGGCAGAGGAAGAGGAGGCUACCGCGGAAGAGGCUACCGCGGAAGAGGCUAUCGCGGAAUAUGCAUUUCUGGUUGUACGAUUUAUGUAAAAUAGGCCAAAAACUAGAAAUUCGAUUUUUUCCUUUUACAUAUGCUACCGACUGA